GACGAUAUAUCGUCCGCAGGUGGUGUCGUCGCGUGGUCUAGCAUAACAACGCGUGCGUUCGUGCUUACGUCGAAUAUAUGAAAAGCAAACAACCGUUUUCACUCGAGUGUAAAGUGCGGCCGCUCUUUGGUGUGUUUAGUGUUGAAGGUGCAGUGCAGUGAGGUGGUCUCACGCGAGGCGAAGAAGUGUGGAAAAUAGAAAGACCCCCUCCCCCAUCAGAGGCUCAAUUGACACCCACCAAAGUGUCCAGUGGCAGGUGUUCUGGCGUGUGCGUGUGUGUGUGUGUGUCGACUGCGGAUUAUGAAAUGUUAUACGGCGUAAAACGGUUGGCGAAAGCGAAAUAGGAGAGCGACCGCAUCGUAUCCUGUCCCGGCCCGGCCCGGCGUGCAACGACCGCGCGAUCGUUUGUUUUGUUCCCGGGGGGCGAUUAGAAGGAGUAACCUGAGAAGCUUCCCAAAGCUGGAAGUGAGCCGCCAAUCGCUCGACUAAAGUGUCCAUUUCGUGCAAAUGAAAUCUAUCGAUCGUGCAUCGCGCCACCAGCGGAUUCAUAAUUAUCGAUGCUUAAGUGGUAGCACAGUGCCGCGUGUCGAUGGCACUGACAAGGAUAGGCGGUGAUGUUGGUGAAGUGAUGCCACCCUGUGCUGUAUACUACUAACAAUUACACGCGCGAAAAUAGCAAAAUCCAUGGUUUCAUCUCAUGUCAAUGACCAUUUGAUUGUUUGGCCAGAACAAAGUGUAGAGCGCCGUGUGCAUUAAAUCAUUAUUGAAACGCGUCAAACGUAGCGAAACUGAACUGACAGCAGUGAUUGAGCAAUUUUACUGGAUUGAUAUUUACUCAUAUGUAAAUUAAUGCCAUCAUCUUAACAACAAGGCACAAUGAAUCGCAGCAUAUCCUUCGGUGCGUCGUUGCUGGUGCUCGUGAUGGCACUGCUCGCACUGACCACACCAACCGUCAUCAAGAUGUGUCCCAAGGACUGCCACUGUGAUCUUGAUCAAAAGGGACGAUACAGGGCCAUCUGCAGUAGAGUGGAAUGGAUAGCACCACCGACGUCACAAUUCGAUCCCAAUCUGGAAGUGCUCAUCAUCACCAACUCACGGCAUCCGUUGGUCGUUGGUCCGACUUUUCAAUUUUUCAAAAACCUCGAAAUUUUACGAGUGGUCGAGUCGAAUGUGCCCUCGAUCGGUGAUCGCUCCUUUUGGGGUUUGGUGCGGUUGAAAACGAUCGAUCUGUCACGCAACAACAUCACCCAGCUCUCGAUGGAGAACUUCCGUGGCCAGGAUAACCUGCUUGAGCUCGACCUGUCGCGCAAUCGGUUGGAGCGAGUGGCGAGCGGUACAUUUGCCCAUCUGAAGGAAUUGAAAACGCUUCACAUGAUAGAUAGUUCGAUCAACGAGCUCAACACGCGACUAUUCCUGCAUCUGGCCAAGCUGAAGUACCUCGAUCUCAGCAUGAACUCCAUCGAGGAUCUGGCGCCAGAAGUGUUCAAAGAUGUGCAGGAUUUAAAGACAUUUAAAGUGCGCGGAUGUCGACUGUCUAACGUGAACCCGCAGAUCUACAACAUCCUUUCCCACCUAACCGAGCUAGAUCUCGGUCAGAAUCAGUUCAAAUUCCUAGAUAAGGAAGAAUUCAAGGACCUUCGCCAUCUGCGGAAGCUGCGCCUGGACGGUAACCAGCUGUCGGUGAUCGUGGACGAGCUGUUCCUCCACCAGAAAGGUCUAACCUUCCUUGAUAUCUCCCGGAACCGGUUGGCCAAGAUAGCGGACAGGGCGUUCGAGAACCUCGUCAACCUGACCUUUCUCGACGUCUCGUACAACAAGCUGUCCCACAUCGAGCCGGUAUGCUUGCGGCCCCUGCGCAACCUGCAGACGCUCAACAUCAGCGGUAAUCUGGCGCUCGAUUUGACCGAGAUGGAGGACACGAUACAGACCGUAAAGGACAUUUCCUCACUCGUGAUUGCCGACCUCGGUUCGCUUCCGCUGAACCUCUUCACCCCGUUCAAGCGACUAACCGCACUGAAUCUGUCCGGGAACCACAUCGAUAACAUCACCAUACAAAUCAUCGAGCCACUGGCCCAGCUGGAGUUUCUCGAUCUGUCCCGGAAUCAGCUGAACGGGAUCCCGGAACGGUACGCUGCCCAGCUGUCCCGCAUCGCAGAUGUUAAGCUGGAAAACAACCCGCUGAUCUGUGACUGGUGCCACAUGGGACCGCUCAUCAUGAAGGCCAAGAAGCUUCCGGAGGGGCUGCCCUGGCAGGAGGUGCCCCGUUGCUUUCUGCCGGAGCGUUUGCGCGAGGUCCGCAUCGAUGGGCUCGACCAGGACGGUGUCGAGGACUGUAUGGAGGUGAUCGUGGACGAGGAUCACGAUGCGGCCAGCACGUCACACAACUUCCUCGAGCAAGCGGGUAGCGUGAGCAUACUGGCCUUCUUCGGAUUGAUUGUGCUAAUCCUGCUGACCACCAUCGUCGUAUCGAUCGCGCUCUGUCUCUCGAGGCAUCGAGCACGGUACUACACACACGAAGAUAAACGAGAUGCCAUCCUGGAGAAGCAUACCGAAACGCCGGUGCUGACGUCGGGGAGCGAAAUCAACUUUAAGUUCCCGUACAACGAGCGCGUCUGCACGAUCGAUGAGAUGUGCCUGCCGGCACCACCGCCCCCACCCGGCAAGCUGGCCCCGGCCGUCAUCGAGCGGUUCGAUUAA